AGGCAUCACCGCCGCACACUUGUUGAGUGGAUCGGCAAUCCAGGUGAUGAGUUGGAUUUCACUGCUGCCGUGUUCGAUGAUGAGCCAAAGAACUAUCACGGGUGGCAACAUCGUCAAUGGUCGUGCGUCAUUUCCAUUUGGUCGGCCAACGAGAGAUUGACUAUACAACAAAGCUGCUUCUCGAGGAUUCGUAUAACAAUUCUUGCUUGGAACUAUCGUUAUUUCAUCCUACAGUUGCUUUUGAUCUCUGGUGGGCUUAUUUCACGGCCAGAUGUCAUUGAAUGGGCUGAAAAGUUAUAUAGCGAAACGGAGAACCGUGCACAUUAUCUCGUUUCAUUCCUGUUGGAUAUCGAGAUGGAGAAAAUCGAAGAAGUUCUGCAAGGGAGCUUGAGGAGAUCGAUCCGGUACGAACGAAUUUUGGAGAUAUCAACAGGCUUUGGC